GCUAAGGUGAAAGAGGAAGAAAAUAAUCUCUAUAACCUCUGUGCUGAUCUCAUCAGAGUUGCUGUAUUCAACAAGGACGGGAUUGACUUUUACAACAUGCAGUGCAUGCUUGGGUUUCAGGUUGUAGGACAACAUAUUUCGUUCUACCUCACCACUCUUUUGUGCGAUGGCCUAUAUGUUAUGGUGGAGAUUGGCCAUCUAAAUGUUCCAAUGUCACUCGAACAACUUCCUGCUUUCCUUUCCAGCCUUGACACGCUUCUCAUCAUCACCAAUGCAUACUGGGCUAAUUGUCUCAGGUCCGAUGCCACCGUUGAAAUAGAAUCAAACAAGCGCAAUACUCUUGCUACUCCAAAUUUCAAAGAGUUAAUUGCAAACAGCCGGGACCGGCAUCGUCCUU